CAUCAGGAAAACAAAAAAGACUACAAGAGGAUGAAUGACCUCUUGUGCCGAAGAGAAAAGAUGUGGGAUUCUGAAGCAUGACGCUUAGAGUGGCGACACCUUCCACCUGGCCUUGAUCUCCUGACGAUGCCCAGUUUGGGUGGGAUCAGGACUUCUUUAGUGGCCUGAGGCUCUAUCGUGGCUCCACUGCUAUGACCUACCUGGCUCACACCGCCCACGCCCAGCUUGGCGCCCUCUGGCUCGGUUGUGUGGGCUGGACGACCACCGCCAUGGCCCUUGGACUCAUCCAGUGGAGGGUUUGGGUGGUGUCUGACAGGGAGUUCAUCAGCUCCGGGGUGGCCUGGGUGGGCGUCUGGAGGGUCUGCUUCAACAGCCACACCUUAGUGACCCCUGGCUUUAAGGUCAUGUACUGCAAGUCCAUCAGCCUGACUGAGGACUUCACGCCGCCGGACAUCGUGGCAGGUCAGGUUCUCAUGAUGCUGUCUCUGCUAGUGGGGCUCUGUGGGAACGCUGGCGGUGUUUACGCCUUGAGGAACGUCUACUUUGGGAUGGAGAAAAGCUCGCCAAUCCGUUUGGCGUUCUUCACCGCCGGUGCGCUGUGCCUGUUGGCCGCCGUGAUGUCACUCAUACCUCUCCUGUGGAACCUGUGCUCGGUAGUGACCAAUCAGACCAUCAAGUUCCCCCCUGAGUUUAAAAUGCCCCAGGCUCCUGAAUCUCAACACGUGGGGAGUGGCAUCGGCGCCGGGAUGGUGGGGACAGUGCUAAUGAUUGUCUCUGGGAUUCUUUUCUGUAAAUACAGGUUACCAUUGAGGUCACAGCCCAGGAUCCAGCUGAGAAAAGACCUGCACCUGGACCUUCCUGUGCAAUCUGUGACUGACAGAGCUUUAGUAAGCUCCGGGGGGAAACAUAACCCAGCGUUUGAGUCUCACGAACACGUGUGAUGGACUCUUUGAGAGUGACUCAUAUGCCUGAAUGUGAAAGGGACCACUCACAGAGGAAACUAAUCCGAGGGACGACUUUAAAAUAUGAAGAGUUUCAUUUACAAAUUGAGAUUAAAUUGAAGAAAGAAAAAUAAUAAAAAAAAGCUGUUUACACAAAAUGUUAUUAAAGCGAGGCACUUUCUGAAACUGCUUCUGGUUAGUAAUCUGUUUCCAUCGUCCAUUAUAUGCGACUGAUUUGAUUUAUUUAAGCAGUAAAAACACUACAGCUCCUUGAUUGCUUUCAGUGACUCAUUUAGUUUUAUGCUCUGGGGGAGGAUGAACUGAAUGACUCAUCUCUUGACAGCAGACAAACAUAAUGCCAGUGCAUUAGUUCCUCGGACUGCCUGAGGGAGAUUUAAUAACAUUGAGUUUUCAGUUUUGUUCACUAUUUCUUUUUGUUUUUUAGGUAACAUCUCCUGAAAUGAAUGUACCGGCUCAAAGCUGUAAGUACUAAAGGAGGCCAUUAUGUUUUAAUGUUAUAGCCCCAACGUUCUCUCAAUAAUGUAAUUUACUCUUUCAUGGCAUACGUAUUAAGUAUUCAAAUAUUAAAUUUAAAGCUGCACUGUACUGCUACUUUAAGUAGCCUAGUUAGACCCUCAAGACUGCAGACCACUGGUGUUCACCUGCCUAGGAUUUAGCUUUGGCAUCCCUCAACCAUCAGUCAGGUCUGGAGGUCUAACUGUGGUUUCAUGGUGUGAGUGGGACUCAAUCCUCAUAUCACAAACACAGCCACUUCCUCGUCAGAGCACAUGACGUAUUAGUACACAAUAUAGUGUAAGUGUUAUCACAUUAUGUAUCAUUUACAGGAAACCAGUUUACAAACAAAGAUGUACCGUUUUUUGUUGAUUUAAGUGCCUGAAAUAUGGCGGUGAUAUUGAUUUAGAUUGAAAAAUGAAAUGAUUGUGCAUUUUGGGUUUUCAUCUCAGCAAUUUCAAAACUGUAAAGUCAAUAACAAAUGUCUAUAAGUAAGAUUUUUUUUAUGCAAAUGUGAAAUUCUGGUCUUUUUACAUGUUUGUUAGACUGUGUAAUGGAGGUUUUCUCUUGUUAUUUACACAUCCUCUUUAGAUGGCUUCCCUUGGCUCUGUACAGGUCACAUGUAGUAUUGAUGAUCUGAACCUUAUUCCUUUGCAUAUAAUGUGGUUCUGUGUGGGAGCGUCAGUACUGUGGUGCAAAUGCAGAUUGUUUACCAGCUUCUUUCUUCUGAGUCAGCACCUCUGGAGCCACUCUUAAUUGGGGAGUGUGUAUGAACACACUUGUAUUCUCUGGAGGUCUAUUAAUACGGGCUUCCAGCUCAGCGUCAUUAAGUUUUUAUUAA